AUGUCGCGACCUUCAUCCCCACGAAAGGACGACCCUGGCAAUUCUCGCGAUGCCGCACAAUUCCCACUUCCUCGCGCGUUUCCUUCGAAAUAUAUGCUCCUCAACGACGACGAGUCCGGCGAGAAAGACUUGGCCGGCCACUUUUCGACCCCCAGCGCACCGAACCAAGGCGAGAUCAGCAGUAAGGCGGGCAGCCUUUUGCUACUGGAUGCGCCACAUACCCCUGCUCGUUCCCGUCGCAGCGGACGCAAAAGCCUCAGAACUCCGCCUGACGUCCCGGUAAUAACAACGGUUCCACAAUCAGCCUUCACAUUGCUACUAGCUUCCCAUGCUCGAUUUCCUUUGAAUCCUUCCGUAUUCCACAACAGCGAUCUAUCAAACAACCUAUUUGUCCAAGCUGGAAUGGCUACGUGGGCACCUCCUGCCCACGACACUGCUAAAGAAUAUAUUCUGCCGACAACGUCACUUGCAAGUUCAGACGAGGCGGCUGAAGUCGAUCAGCUUGACAGCGCACCAAUGCCAGGCGCCUCAGUAGAAACGGUCCCAGAACCUCGGGCAUUUGACAAAAUUCUUCGCCAUCAAGCCUACAAAGCUCGCAUUCAAGCUCGCCGUCAAUUUGUCACUAAUUUCCACAACAACGCAUUAUCGAAUAAAAUCUUCCUCGCGGCCUUAUCGGCGACGCGCGCAACUGCUACCCAGGACACCACACUAUCGACAACAGGAAUGAUCUCGCUUUCAAGCUCAGACGAGCCGGCUCAGAAACACGUGUUACCAUCUUCAAGCUCGGUGGAGAGUACCCAAGACGACGGUGCAACGCCGCCAACUCGCACGCCACGCAAACGACUCCCUACCUCUGAACCCAAGCAAGAUCUCAGUCCGGUUUCGACAGAAGCGGCAUCUCCAAAUAAAAAGAUACGACUAUUGCUGACUUUUUACGACAACGCAAGUCCUACGAAAGUGUGCUCGUCACACGAAGCCGAACAUGCAAAAACGGCUCCGACUAGUGAAGACUCUGAAUCUAUCCAUCUCAAACCCACGGCUACUGCUGAACCAGAGCAAUCGCGACUGCUACCCUCGCCCGAUACAGAAAUAUUGUCUGAGCAAACCAAGAACGAAGGUGUAAACGAUGCUCUCGGAUUGCCAAGAGGACCAAGUUCGACAAACGACGACAGUGCCGCCAUCACCGAUGCACUCGCGAUUGCAAACUUUGCCGCCUCAACCACGAAUUCCGAUUCAGAGUACAUGGAACGUAAAGGAGUUGGGUGUACCGUCUUCGCUGCAUCACCGACAAGGGCCGAUGUACAACGUCUUAUUCGCGCCGAAGCUGAAGUAGGACGACGCUCUGAAUUGCCCACAGUACUUGUUGCCGCCGUGUCGACCACCGAGGCGAAAGACGAGAUUCAACAGACUAUGGAACCAAAUUUUUACCGUCAUUAUAUCCACAAGCCCUGGGGUUUGUAG